AUGCCUGCCCGGGUAUCUUCAAGGUCAACCAGGACCUCCGCCGUCUCCCGCAAAUCCUCAGUCCCAACCCUGAAUUCUCGCUCCUCAGCAGCAACACUGAACGGACGUGGCUCAACAGCAUCCCGAGUCUCAACACCCUACGUUGAAAUCCCCGAAGAAACAGAAGACAACGCCCUCCGCAGCCAAAUCUCAAGCAUCUUCAAAGACGCCCAACGAACCACCACCUCGCACCGAAAACUCGUCAUCAACUUGCGCAAAAUCCAAGAGGCAUGUGUCUACGAGCCGUCCAGCUCAAAGAAGAGCAAAACCGGAGCGGAAGACUUCGACGAGGAACAAUUCAACUAUGAGUUUACAAGAUGUGUGCUGCGUGUUAUGCCCGUGAAGAAGAGUGAAAGUGUGGGCGAACGCGCAAUACGAUUCAUUGGCUUGUUUCUGAAGUAUGCGAAUGAUAAGGAUAAUGAGCUGACAGAGGGGGAGGCUGAUGAGACGGGAACUAUGGUUGAGACGCCCAGUACGAGACUUACGAGUCAAUUGAUGAAUACUACACUCCCGCUGCUGAUCGCCAAGGAGAAGUUUGUUAGGUAUAGGAGUACCCAGCUUAUCAGCCAUAUCAUCAAUAGUUUGGAUGCUAUUGAUGAUGAUCUUUUUCAGUUGCUGAGACAUGGUUUGUUGAAGAGGAUUCAUGAUAAGGAGGCCAUGGUGAGGGUUCAGGCUGUGUUGGGAUUAGGGCGACUUGCCGGGAAUGAGGCCGAGGGAGAAACAGAAGACAGUGAUGAUGAAGAUUCUGGCGCGGGUCUGUUGGAUAAGUUGUUGGAGAUUUUGCAGAAUGAUCCAAGUGCUGAUGUGCGACGAAGUCUGUUGGUCAAUCUGCCGAUUCUUCCGAACACUUUACCUUUCUUGUUGGAGCGGGCGAGAGAUCAGGAUGCGGCUACUCGUCGAGCUCUCUACUCACGGCUACUCCCUUCUCUUGGGGAUUUUAGACAUUUGUCUUUGUCUAUGAGAGAGAAACUUCUCAGAUGGGGUCUGCGUGAUCGAGAUGAGAAUGUCCGAAAGGCGGCUGGCAAACUAUUCCGAGAGAGAUGGAUUGAGGAUUGUGCUGGAACCGCCGAGGUUGAAGAAACCGAGGAAGGAAACGCAGAACCCAAAGGACCAAGUUUCGAUGGCCUCCUGGAACUCUUGGAACGAAUUGAUGUUGUCAACUCCGGUGUCGAAAAUGGUGUCGCACUGGAAGCCAUGAAAGGUUUCUGGGAGGGCCGGCCUGAUUAUCGUGAUGCUGUCAACCUUGACGAGUAUUUCUGGGAUACUUUGAGCGCUGAGUCUGUAUUUAUGGCUCGAAGCUUCAACGAUUUCUGCUUGAACGAAGGCAAUGGCAAAUUCGUCUCUGUGAUUGAAGAGAAGAUGCCAGAAGUCACCAAACUUGCAUUCUAUCUCCAUCGAUACAUUACUGUUCUCGUCGAGGCUGUGAAGAGAGUUUCUGAGCAAGAACCAACUGAAGAUGAAGAAGAAGAAGAUACUGUUGAACAGGAGUUUAUUGUUGAACAAAUGCUUCAAAUUGCCCAAACAGUUGAUUACUCGGACGAAGUUGGCCGAAGAAAGAUGUUUGCUCUUCUUCGACAGUCACUUUCUAUUCCUGAUCUUCCAGAGGAAGUAACGAAGCUCGCUGUUGAGACUCUUCGUGGUAUCUGUGCUGGUGAUGCAGCUGGAGAGAAGGAAUUUAUCAGCGUGGUUCUCGAGGCUGUUCGCGAUGUUCACGACACGAUCAUGGAUGAGGAGGAACAGGCGGAGCGUGAAGACACAGAGGAAAGUUUCCAUUCUGCUAAAUCUGAAGUUAGUGAUGAAGGCACUUCCGGCCCAUCAAACAAGAACGGCAAGAAGCCAGAGUUAUCAGAAGAAGAGGCACACAACAAAGCCAUUCGCGAGAUCAUGGUCAACAUGAAGUGCCUCCACAUCGUCCAAUGCAUGCUUCAAAACGUUGAAGGCAACCUGCAGGAUAACGUGGAUUUAGUGGCUUGUCUAAACAAUCUCAUCGUCCCCGCAGUUCGAAGUCACGAAGUCCCAGUCAGAGAAAGAGGUCUCCUAUGUUUGGGACUCUGUGCACUGCUCGACAAAUCGCUUGCCGAGGAGAACUUGACAUUAUUUAUGCACUUCUAUACCAAAGGCCACGCCGCGCUCCAAAUCACCGCUCUCCAAAUCUUGACGGACAUCCUCACCAGACAUGGCGCCCAACUGUUGGACUCUAAUCCAACCCUCCUAAAAAUCUACCUCAAAGCGCUGAAAUCAGGGUCCAAAGGGCCAGAAGUUCAAGCUGUCGCAACCGUUUCGGUUGCUAAAUUGAUGUUAGGACGUGUUAUAUCUGACGAGAGUCCUGCUAUCGAGGACCUGCUUAAAACCCUUAUCGUGUUGUAUUUCGACCCAUCAUCAGCACAGAAUCAGGGUGUGAGACAGGCACUAUCUUAUUUCUUGCCGGUCUAUAGUUACAGUCGCAAAGAGAAUCAAGGCAAAGUGCAGAGGGUUGCACUGGAUACUUUGCAUAAACUCUUCGAGAUCCAGGAGACGAUGGAUGAGGAAGGAGAGGCGGAGGAGGAAAUGAUUUCUCUUGGGGCUAUUGGUGCGACGUUGGUGGAUUGGACGGAUCCUCGAAAAUGCUACGUCUCGCCUUCUCUCUCCUCUGGCUCCCUCAUGCUAUCCAGUGAAGAAGCGGCGAAGAAGGCAGUCAACGGUGACGUCCACCUUGAAUUCGCCCGCGAUAUCCUGGAAAGACUUGGCUCUGGUGUCAGUCGAGAGGAGAAGAAAACUCUCUCCCCUCUUCUCGCUAAACUCCACAUCUCCCCCGCCUCAACGGAACAGCUCAUCAAGGAAGUAUACGAAGAAGUUUCCGUUGCAAUCGAUGAGAAACUCAUCCCGGAUGCCACCGGCAGAAAUGCCCUGUUUAAAAUCCAUGUUUCCCUGGGGAAAAUUGUCAAUACUCUGACCGAGCGAGAGAAGAGCGUUCCCUUCUCAAGUUCCGUUGGAGCGGGCAGUUUGAGUGGGAGUGUGGGACCUGGCAGUCUCAGGGGCAGUGUUGGACCCAGGAGCAGAGUGGGAAGCGCGGCGCCUAGUGCGGGUGAUGAGACGGAGGGGGAUAGGACGAUGAUCAAGGGGGAAGGUGAGGAGGGUGAGAAGGAGGGAUUGGAUAAGGUUGAAGAAGGGGAGGAGAGUGAUGGGACUAUUGUUCCGGAACCUGCGGGAAAGGGGAGGAGAGAUAGUCUGGUGGAUAGUCUGUUGAGUGAUGAUGAUAGGGAUACGGAGAUGACUGGUUGA